CACACUCAGUCAUCUGCAGAAGGCAGAUCAUUCAGCACCUCGGGCUUUGUGUAUUUAAUUUGGGUGAUCUUUACUUAUUCGCGAUGAUGCUUUACAAUGCCAAGUGUUGAAUUACAAUUCUAUAGAUGCAAGAACAUCAACUGCAAAUGAGCAGAGCAGAUGUAACAGGACAGGACGAGCCGGAAGAAUGAGACGCUGAUCAGAAGCACGAAGAGCAGCUGAGAGGAUCCAGAGGAGUUCCAUGUACAUUUACAGAAAAUAGUAAGACGCCGACCUGCUGGAUAGAGGCACGUCUUACUCAAACACAUGGGGGGGUAUAUGCUCAGUCAUGUGGCCAUACGCUAUUUUUCUAUACUCUCGGUUACCGUGCAAAGAGGUAAGUUGAACUUCAGACAUAAAGCGGACACUUGGCAAAUAGCCUAACUGGAAAAUAACGUACUGGAAACGCACUCGACCAUUAAACGCCGUAAGUAAGCCGGCGUGCCGCGCUGCGAUAAAACUGGCCGCCACUGUCGAAAUUUGGUGUCGUUACACCAGCUCAUUAAUAGAGCAAAUUUGGGAAGAUUUUUUUCUCACGAGCAAACCUGAAUAAAAAAACAGCAUACAUUUUUACCUGGAUUGUUCAUAGAAAAAAAUAAAUAGUGAUUUUUUUAGAAGAAAUAAGGAGAGUUGCUCGCAUUUUUCUGCGACGCAACAUGACAAAAAGAAGACUGUUGUUGCUCUGGCGGACUAUGCACAGAUCAUCUGCACCCCUGCUAUGAUAUUGCGUUAAAGCGUUGUGGAAGGUGGGUAUGAAGUUUCUCUAUGUGCGCAUAUAUAGCCUAACAAUAUACCUCUGGGGAAAAAGGACUGCUUUCCACCUUGAUCACAGUUGUUGUCAAGUCAUGCGUGUUAUCUCGUAUUCCCUCUCUAGGAGUGACACUGGAGAUAACUUUUGUACUAUGGAUUCCGUGACCCUAUCUGCUUUAAACGGAGAUCACACUUCUUUCGGGACUUAACCGAUUUUUUCCCCUCUCUUUAAUACAUCAAAACUUGCAUCAGAAUUGUAGAUGAAUUGCAGCACCUCCGGAAAGGAAAAGAUCCAAAUUAAAGGGGAACAUAUCUAACUCUUUUUUUUAAGUUCUCUUGCCCUUUUCCUGUGGUGGAGCUGCAGAAAUCCCGUUGGCUCUUAUGGGAAUAAAACACUCCUCACGCUGUAUGCUCCUGAGGAGAAAAAUGGCGGAGACUGAGAACCCAGAGGAGCAGCCCGUCCGCAUGCUCCCGUCCCAGUUGGUCCAGCCCACCCCGCUGCCCAAGCCAGUGCCGUCCGUCCAUCACAUGCCACGCAUGGCCCCCCUGCCCCACUCUGUGGCCCUGCCCAGCUGCCCUGGCCGAGGCAAGAUGGCCAAGUUACUGAACCCCGAGGAGAUGACCUCCAGAGACUACUACUUCGACUCCUACGCUCACUUUGGCAUCCAUGAGGAGAUGCUGAAGGAUGAGGUGCGGACGCUGACCUACAGGAACUCCAUGUACCACAACAAGCACGUCUUCAAGGACAAGAUUGUCCUGGACGUGGGCAGUGGGACAGGGAUUCUGUCCCUCUUUGCAGCCAAGGCUGGAGCCCGCCAUGUGUACGGGAUUGAAUGUUCCAGCAUUUCCGAGUUCUCAGAGAAAAUCAUCAAGUCCAAUCACAUGGAUAAUGUCAUCACCAUUUUCAAGGGCAAGGUGGAGGAAGUGGAGCUGCCCGUGGAGCAAGUGGAUAUCAUCAUCUCUGAAUGGAUGGGCUACUGCCUCUUCUAUGAGUCCAUGCUCAACACCGUCAUCUUUGCCCGGGACAAGUGGCUGAAGCCUGGAGGUCUGAUGUUCCCAGACAGAGCCGCCCUGUAUGUGGUGGGCAUUGAAGAUCGGCAGUACAAGGACUUCAAAAUCCACUGGUGGGAGAACGUGUACGGUUUUGACAUGACCUGCAUCCGCAAUGUGGCCAUGAGGGAGCCCCUGGUGGACAUUGUGGACUCCAAGCAAGUGGUGACCAACUCCUGCCUCCUAAAGGAAGUGGACAUCUACACGGUCAAGGCCGAGGACCUCUCCUUCACCUCCACGUUCUGCCUGCAGGUUCAGCGCAACGACUACAUCCACGCCCUCGUCACCUACUUCAACAUCGAGUUCACCAAGUGUCACAAGAAGACCGGCUUCUCCACUGCUCCAGAGGCUCCCUACACGCACUGGAAGCAGACUGUCUUCUACCUGGAGGACUACCUGACCGUCAGACGGGGUGAAGAGAUCGUGGGGACCAUUGGGAUGAAGCCCAACGAGAACAAUGUGCGUGACCUGGACUUCACCAUUGAGCUCGAGUUCAAGGGACAGCUGAGCGAGGCCUCCAUCGCCCACGACUACAGGAUGCGCUAGUCUCCAGCAGGGGGCGGUGCUGCAUCAGCACAGAGAGGCAGAGGCACGCGGAAGACAACACGUGGGGAUGUAAGACGAAGAUCUGACCCAUCUGCGUGCGGAUACUGCAGUAUGGAAGCUAUCCAAGUACUGCAGCUACAAAACAGAGCCAAGACUUAGGAGCGAUUUGGAGCAGGAAUUUGACACACCUAUUUAAGAAAGUUAUCUUUAGCUGUGAAUGUUAUUAGUACCGGGGAAGUGAAUGAGCUAGUGAACAGGGUGAUGGAGGCGGUUAAAACUCUUAGGAAACAGGCAGGAAUGGUAUGUUUUUGUAUUUAGUUACAACUAGA